AGAAAGAAGAGAAAAGAAACCUAAUCGUAAAAAAAAAGGGAAAAAGAAAUUCAAAAAACAUGCGUAAAUCGGUGAAAGGAUGUUUCACCGUGAUUACGUUUUUGUGUGCCGCCAUUUUGAUAACUGCUGGAGUAGUAAUGAUGAAUAAUCAAACGUUGUCGAAUUAUUUACUCAAAAGAAUACGUUUGGAAAAAAAAUUAAUGGACAAUACAAAGGGUUACAGUAUUUGGUCGACGCCUUUGGAUCUUAGAAUAAAUAUAUACUUGUUCCAUGUUGAUAAUCCGAAUGAUGUAUUAAGUGGAGAAUUACCGAAGCUUAUAGAACGUGGUCCUUACGUUUACGAUAUAAUCCUUGAAAAAGAUAUAUUGAGCGUAAACGAUAUACGAGACGAAAUAACUUACAAUACCAAAAAAACAUAUUACUUUAACGAAGAGGAAAGUGGUGAAUUUUUGGAGGACGAUGACAUUGUUCUUUUAAAUAUGGCCUAUCUCGGUACGAUAAACACGCUAUCAGGUUUUUCGUUAAACAUGCUUCAACAAUACGGCGAUUAUAUAGGAAUGUUAUUCCCCGAAGAAAAUCAAUUAUUUGUCAAAGCAAAAGUUAAAGAUAUAUUGUUCAGCGGUGUAUCUUUGGUAUGCGAUAUUAGUAAACAUAAAAAAAUGAAAUUAAUCUGUAUGACGUUAAAAGGAAGAAAACCUCCGAUUUUAUGGAACACUGAAAUCGAGAAUAAAUACAUGUACAGCCUCUUUGGAACGAUGAAUGGAACUUGGGUUGGUCCAAUCACCAUUAACAGAGGUAUACAAGAUGAAACAAAAUUAGGCAGCAUAACUUCCGUAUACAACAAACGAAAAAAUAAAUAUUGGACAACCGAAGAAUGCAAUACUAUUAAAGGAACCGAUGGUAUGAUCUUUCCUUUUUACAACGAGCCACCAUCACGUAUCUACAUUUACAGUAUCGAAACUUGUCGAGCUUCGUUUAUAGAGUUCAAGGGAAUUGAAAAGAUUAAUCAAUUGGAGGCAUGGCGAUAUGUUUAUACAAGCGAAAAUUGGAGUUAUAAUGAAAGCGUUUGUUAUUGUCCGACUACCAAGCACGAAAGAGCAUGUCUUCCUAUGGGUCUCAUGGACGUUAACAAAUGCAUGAAAGUGCCUAUGUUAUUAUCCGAGCCUCAUUUUCUUCACGCCGAUCCGAAAAUUUUAAACUACGUGCCGGAUUUGAAUCCCCAAGAGGAAAUUCAUUCGAGUUCUAUAUUGAUCGACACGCUUACUGGUAAACCUGUUUAUGGUUAUAAAAAAAUGCAAAUUAAUAUGAAGAUAUCACCGCAACCGAUCGAAUUGCUCGCCAACGUCACCGAGGGUUACUUUCCGAUUAUUUGGAUAAGCGAGGGUACAACCGAGGAUAAGAAGAAUUUCGAUUUAAUGUUCAUGAUUUAUAGAAUUAGAAGUGUUAUAUUGAUUUUGCAAUGGCUCCCAUUAGUUAUCGGCAUAUGUCUACUUCUAUUGAUUUUAUUAUGCUACAAAUUACCGAUACCAAGAAGGAAAAUACGAUCGAUCGAUCCGAUGAAAAAAAUUAAUCCGACUUUGGUACUCUCGGAUACACACGAACAAUAUUUAACUCCUAGAACACACGUACGUUCUAAAUAAAUAUUCGAAUAACAUUCGAAAAUAUAUAUAGAGAAAAAGAAAGAAAUAAUUAAUCGACAGAUUUUGGAAUUUUCGAUCUACUAUUUUUUGUUAUCGCCAUUGUUCUUUUUUCUAUUUUUUUUUUCUUUGUUUUCCUUUUUUUCUUUUUUCUUUCCUUUUUUUUUUAUUUGUUUUUUUUUUAAGGUUUUAGCCUUUUUUUUUUUUUUUAGAUUGAAAUAUCCUAUCUGUUUGUACGUUUAUAAAAAGAUAUUUAUAAACGUAAACAUCGUCGUUUACGAAUAACGCUCUUAUAUAAAUGCGCGAAUGGUGUUACAUAAUAAACUAUUUACAUUUAAAUGAUAUAUAAUAUGCGUUAUUAAGGCGAUAUACGAUUAUUCAAUAUACGAAAGCAAUUGAAAUAUCGUAUUUAAUUAUCAUUUUGAUUUAUGGCAAUCUUAAUCGUACGACACGAUUAAAUUAGUCAUUUAAUCAUCAUUAAAAUUAAUUAAUUAACAAUGAAAAUUCUUAUUUCGAUUUUAGAACAUUUGAAUUAAAAUAUCAUUUUGCUGUGUAUCUCGCGAAUGAGUUAAAUUCGCACAUUGGCGAAUUAUUCCUUAUACACGUCGUAAUUGUCAAAAAAUGACAAAUCAUUCUUAAAUGAGAAUUCAAUUAAUUAAAAUUGAAUAGUUAAUUAAUAUAGAUAAUGAAAUAUUUUUUUAAAUUGCAAUCAUAAAUCGUUAAUUAAAUUAAAUAUUGCUCAGCAACACUGUUAUGCCUAUAUAUGUACAUUUUUUUUUUAAAUUAAAAUUCACACGAAAAAAGAAUUAUUGAUUUUUAAAUUAAUACGAAAUGCAGACUUAACGUAAUCUAAAAUGGUACGAUAUUAAAGUAGAAAUCGAUCGUAAAGAAAAAAAAAAAAAAAAAAAAAGAAAAAGAAA